GUUGCUUUUCCCUUGUUCCUUCCCAGAACACAAUUCUUUUCCAAAUAUUUGUAGUCAAGCCGCCAAAGUGGAGAGUGUUGUUGCACCAGGGGUUCCUUCUCAUUUCAGAGUAGGGGGAGGAGGUGGGGGUGCACCUCAGCACUUUCCCAAGGCUGAAAGCAAAAGCGAGUUCCUGGGGAAGCCCCCAGGUUCUGCCGCUCAGAGAUGGAUACCUUCUCGAAGCACUAGCCGAGAGGCCAGCUUCUCUGCUGAGAAAGGGCAGCACGAUGCAAUCUUCCGAAAAGUGAGAGGCAUACUUAAUAAGCUGACACCUGAGAAAUUUGACAAACUGUGCCUGGAGCUCCUCAAUGUGGGUGUGGAUUCCAAGCUUGUCCUUAAAGGAAUCAUCUUGUUGAUUGUUGACAAAGCCCUUGAGGAGCCCAAGUACAGUCAAUUAUAUGCUCAGCUAUGUCUACGCCUGGCAGAAGACGCACCAAACUUUGAAGAUCCAGCAACAGAAAAUCCCGCAACAAAAAAGCAGAAUACAACCUUCAGGAGGCUUCUUAUAUCCAAGCUUCAAGAUGAGUUUGAAAAUCGUGCCAGAAAUGUCGACGUCUUUGACAAACAAGAUUGCCCUCUCACCUCGGAAGAGGAGGAACAGCGUGCUAUUGCAAAGAUCAAAAUGCUUGGCAACAUCAAAUUCAUUGGAGAACUUGGGAAACUCCACCUUAUCCAUGAAUCCAUCCUCCAUAAGUGCAUCAAAACACUGCUGGAAAAGAAGAAGAGAGUCCAACUUAAGGAUAUGGGGGAAGACCUGGAAUGCCUCUGUCAGAUAAUGAAGACGGUGGGACCCAAGCUUGAUCAUGAGAAGGCUCGGUCCCUGAUGAAUCAGUACUUUGACCGCAUGCAGGCCUUGACCAACAACAAGGAAUUACCUGCAAGGAUUCGCUUCCUGUUGCAGAAUACAGCAGAGCUGCGGGAGAACAACUGGGUGCCUCGUAAAGCGUAUUUUGACAACGGACCAAAGACCAUCAGUCAAGUUCGGCAGGAUGCCGUAAAGGACUUGGGUGUGUUCAUUCCACCACAGUCUGACUGCACCAGAUCGGACUUUUUCAUGGAUCAUACCUUCCUGGACAACGCUUUCCUGCAGACCAGGGUCAGAUUUGACAAAGAAGCGCUUGGGGGAUUGGCUGAUAUGUUUGGACAAAUGCCCGGGAUUGGUAUCGGAACGGGUCCCGGAGUUAUUCAGGACCACUACUCACCAACUUUGGGCCGCCACCGCUCCAACCCAAUUUUCAAUGGCCAUAGUGGGAUUAACAGCAGUUCGCAUCAGCCCCAGUUUGAUCCAGGGAGCAAGCCUUUCAUCAAGCCAAUGCAGGUGAUUGCUGCAGUGGGUUGUCCUCUUGCUUACAUCCUGUUGAUUCUGGACCGAACCAACAUUCAACAUUUUUCUCCCCAGGGUCAGAGUUCGCCGGUUUUCAGCCAUAAACAAAAUGGCUCGGUUCAGAUGCAGUCUAAAGAUAUGGGCCCACGCUUUAGUAAGAAAGGGAAGCUCAAUGUUGAUGAGAUCAGCCUGAGGCCAGCGCAGUCAUUCAUCCUAAACAAAAAAGUGCCAAAGCUGCAGCCACAGAUGACAAUGAUGCCACCAAGUGCCCAAGGUUCCUUAAUGGGACAGUCCCCACAGCUUGGUCUCAAAACCAAUCCACCACCAAUUCAGGAAAAACCUGCAAAGUCCAUCAAAAAGCUACCUCCGACCAAGGAAGAGCUGCACAAAAUGACGGAGGUGCUGGUUACGGAAUAUAUGAACAGCAAGAAUGUCAGCGAGGCUGUGGCCACUGUCAAGGAGAUGAAGGCGCCAAAACACCUUUUAUCUGAGAUGGUGAACAAGAUUGUGGUGACUUCGCUCAGUCGUUCAGACGACGAUAAGGAACUUGCGAGCACCCUGAUUCACGAGCUCUGCACUGAGGGUCUUGUCACAAGUGAGAACCUUCUGCAGGCCAUUCUCGGUGUCCUGGACCAGUGUCCCAAAAUUGAGGAAGAAGUCCCACUGGUGAAGUCGUAUCUGGCUCAAUUUGCGGCUCGGGCCGCCGUGGCCGACCUGAUCAGCAUGACGGAUUUGGCCCACCAGUUGGAGAACGGCGCCCAUUUCCCGCUCUUCCUGCUCUGUUUGCAACAGAUGUCCAAGCUCAAGGAUCGCGAGUGGCUUGCCGAUGUUUUUCAGAAGAGCAAAGUCAACAUGCAGAAGAUGCUACCCGAAAUGGACCAGAACAAGGACCGCAUGCUGGAGAUUCUGGAGGGGAAAGGCCUGAGCUUCCUGUUCCCACUGAUGAAGCUGGAGAAGGAGCUCCUGAAGCAAAUCAAAGUGGACCCGUCUCCACAGUCAAUCUACAAGUGGAUUAAAGACAACAUCUCUCCCAAACUCCAUACUGACAAAGGCUUCGUCAACAUCCUCACAACCAGUUUCUUGCAGUACAUUGCCUAUGAGAUCAACCCAGAUGAUGACGAAGAGCAGCUGGCAGCGCCGAGCAAAGAGCAGCUGGAUGAGGAGAAGCAGCUGCUGCUCUCUUUCAAGCCCGUCAUGCAGAAGUUCCUGCACGACCAUGUUGACCUGCAAGUCAGCGCCCUCUACGCGCUUCAGGUCCACUGUAACGCUAAACACUUCCCCAAAGGAAUGCUGCUGCGCUUCUUUGCCUACUUUUAUGACAUGGAAAUCAUCGAAGAAGAAGCCUUCCUGACAUGGAAAGAAGACGUCACCCAAGAGUAUCCGGGAAAAGGAAAAGCCUUGUUUCACGUGAACCAGUGGCUCACCUGGCUGGAAACCGCUGAAGAUGAAGAGUCGGAGGAUGAAGAUUACUAAGAAAUCUCCUAACCCAAUGUUGGAAUUUGAUUCCUAUUUUAUCUACUUGGCCUCAGUCAGCAACAACGCCACUGUUAUUAAUCGACUUAAACCAGCGCCAGCAUGUUACCAUUCUGUUUAUUUAAAGAGGUAAUUUGUCCGAGUGUAUUUAGGAAUUGAUUUGCAUUCAGCCUAACGGGAGGUGUUUUGCCAAACAUACACACACGGUUUCAGAAUUUGGUCGCAGUCAUCACGUGCUGCUGUUUACAAAUGAGAGCAUGUAUUGUAAAGAGACUCUCAUUUUUAUCUGUUUUUAGAUGCACUUUGCUGCACACCAUGAGUCGUUGCAAUAGUAUCCUACACUUUUUUUAUUUUGAUAUAAAGGAACCAAUCCUAAGUUGCAGAUUUUUGUGGUUGACAGCUGUCUGAAAGCUCCUCCAAUCAUUUUGUUUUCCUGUGUUGAAUUUUCCACCAGGCGGCCAUUUUGUAUGUUUGUGGCACACAGCACAAGUAAUUAAUGACGGGGGGUCCCAAUACGCUGCCAUUUGUUUUGUUUUCCUCUAAGCAAUGAAUUUAUUUUGCUUUCCGGCGACGUUUAUAUUUGAAGCUUGCAAAUUCACUUUUGAUGGCAGUUAGGUUUUGUUUAGUUUUUUUUUUUAAUACUAAAAUCAAGCAUUUUGGAGUGUGGACAUUAAUGUGCUGUAAAGUAAGUGUGUUGCCUUUUUUAAUUUAUCACUUUUUAUGAAUAUACCUCUGUAUCUGACUAUACUUGAACGUGUUUUAUCAUAUCGAGACAGCCAAAGCUUAGUUUCCAGUUUGUCAUAUCAUCGGGGUUUUUAAAGUGGUCUUUUUAAUCUUCUUGCAUGUGGCCACCUGCGCUUUCUUCCGGGUGUCGAUGUAAUGUAAACAACAGUUUGAGUGGGCAUCUGCAGAUCAAAUUUGAAUAAAGUACAUUUCACGGUCA